ACGGGAGAUGUUGGAGAACAAGGGCCCCAGGGCGAACCGGGUGAGAAAGGCACAUCAGCAUCCGGUGACAUCAUUGACUUCAAUGGCAAACUCUUAGAUGCCUUUCAGGCCAUCAAAACCAUCAGUGUCUCGGGACCACCUGGCCCUCCUGGACCCCCGGGACCACCCGGAAAAGAAGGUUCAAAGGGUGAACUUGGCUUGCCUGGGCCUGCUGGGGUUGAUGGCGAAAAGGGUGAACAGGGAGACACUGGAGAGCCUGGUGAACCCGGAGAGAGGGGGGAAAAGGGAGAAAUGGGCCUCUCUGGUCCCUCUGGAAUGGAUGGGCAGAAAGGAGAGAAAGGAGACUCUAUACUAGAGGACAAUCUGGUUCAGAUGAUUUCACAACCUGGACCACCAGGGCCUCCAGGUCCACCAGGACCACCUGGAUACAUGGGUCAUCGUGGCUUGACAGGCCCCAAAGGUGAUCCAGGGGAGAGUAUUAAAGGAGAGAAGGGAGAAACUGGUGCUGCAGGAAUACAAGGCCUUCAUGGUCCUCAGGGGCCCCCGGGAGCAACAGGAUUAGUUGGUCUUCCCGGCACAAAGGGUGAAAAGGGAAAACAAGGGGAAGCUGGAUUAGAUGGUUUUCCUGGCAUUAAGGGAGACAGGGGUGAUCGUGGAGAUAAAGGAGAGAGGGGAGAUCGCGGUCCUGUUGGAAAGAGAGGGCUAAAGGGAAAGAAAGGCGAACAGGGGCCGCCGGGUCUGGACCAGCCCUGUCCCGUGGGAGCUGAUGGAUGUAAAAAAGAGGCAGUGGAAAAGGGGCCGCGGGCCCCUGAGGCCCCCUGCCCGCUGGGUCCCGAUGGACUUCCAAUACCAGGUUGCUGGCACAAGGAACAGGGAAUGCUUCAAAAACUCAAGAGGAAACGUCUCUCCAAGCCUUGAUGUUCUUCAAGAACCCUAGGAGUUUAAAUGACUUGAGUGUCCCUCAAGUGACGCCAUCUCAAUAAUACUGGUUAAUAUUGACGGUCCUCAAUACGCAGGUCGAACGAGGGUGCAAACAGCCCUCACUAUGGUCAAUAUUUUUCAUGGAGGAACAUAAUUGAGCUCUUGGAGAUGAUGAGAGAUCAGGGAUUGGCCUCAUGGAUGCAGUUGCUCCCUAGGACCGCAACAGCAGCCUGACAUAAGAGGCUUUGGCAUGGAGAUGAUACAGAACAGAUCAUUAUUUUGAGAAUAUUAAUGAUCAGUAUUUAUGAUUUAUUUCUUACGUGUUACUGUUUUAUGCUUGGAUUUUUGUCUUUUUUAACCCGCAAGUAAAAACACAAAGCAUCUGGAAUUGAUGCCCAAAGACUAACUUUUGGAUGGUGAGCAUUUACUUAUUAAUGCAUAAAUAAUUGAGAAUAAAAUAAUAAAAUAAAUACUGCAUCUGUUUUAAAUCAGUGCAGCAUAAUAGUGAGCGAGAAUAGUGUGUUAUAUUGUACCUUUUUAUUUUGUUUUCUUUAAUACUACUGCAUCUACGUUUUGUUGCUCACAUUUGUUGCGAUACUUUGUAUGAGAUACAGUUGACUGUGACUACUUGUCAUUGUUUUUAACAUCACAAUCCUUAAAACAUAUUCCAUAGUGUUGUUCAUAGUAAUUUAUGAUAUACACCGAUGUGCUUUUUGAAGAUGGCCAAAACUGGAGGUGUUUUCAUAACCUCAGUUCAGCCAAGUUUAAGGCUGUUUUUUAAUUUGACAAAAUAUUGCUCUAUUAUUUUUCAUAGAAUGAAAGCAAAGAAGACAUUAGAGAUUCCGUUUUAUCAAUCUCAUUUUCUUUCUUUGGUUUUUCAAGAUUUAACAGAGAGAAAAGACAUCCAGAAGAGAUCCUUUUUUUUUUUUUUUUUUUUUUUUUUUUUUUUUUUUUUUUAGCAUGUUCAGCAUACAUUUCCAUGAUGGUGUAUCCUUUUUCAGGGAUUUAAAACCAUACUUCAUAAGCUUUUCUGAAAUAUGUAUUGUUUAUAAUCAAAUAACUGGUGGCCAGAUCAUGUAAAAGUUCUUAUAUGCUUAAAAUAUAUGUUACAGAUAAUGCUAAUGAAUUUUUAUAAGCCUGUCUUUGGUGUUAAAUGGCAGGCAUAAUGUUUCAAUGUUACUAUGUUGUGAUUUACGAUUGACCAAUAGCAUUAUAGCACCAUUUUUAGAAACAAAACAGAAUGGGAGAACAUUUUUGGAAACAUUUUAUUGUUUAACUUUUUGUUGUUUCUUUGACUUUCUUUACAGGUGUUUUUUUUCUUUUCCUUCAUUUUUUCAACACAAACAAUGUUUGAUUUUGAAGAUAUUGAAAGGUGAUUUUGAAGAUAUUUUGCUGCUGAAACAGUAUUUGUAUUUAAUAGUUGAUAUGGGGUAAGGAAAACAGCCUUACCGACUGCCUGACAUACAUUACAUGCAUUGGUUUGCUUUCAAAGAUGUUUUAUAAAAGAGAAAUUAAAGUUUGUUACUAGUAAACUAUCUUUCAUUUGACCUUGGACAUGGUCAAAAAGUAUGGUGUUUUAAAAGUUUUCCACAAUCCACUGUAAACUUACAUUUAUCUCUGAGACUUUUCAUGAUCAAAUCAAUUCCUGAUGAAUGUAAUUAAAUCCUGCUCUUUUUCAUCAUUG